AUGCUUUUCACCAAGCUCUUCAUCGCCGCCACCUCGCUCCUGGCCUUCUCGGUCUCGGCCGCCCCCGCCUCGGGCCCCCUCUUCUCGCAGGACAACGCCGAGCUCGCCCAGUGGCUCCAGCUCUCCAAGGACGGCAAGGCCGUCAUCGCCAAGGACGGCUCCGGCUGGGCCGACGGCCAGGGCUGGCACCCGGGACCCUACGCCGAGGCCAACGACGUCCCCUACAUCCCCUCGUCGAACGGCUCCAUCGCCAUCAACGUCAUCCAGCAGCGUGACGAGUGGUCCGACGUCGAGGCCCGCGACGCCCUCGUUGCCGCCGACACCACUGCCGUCGAGGCUCGUGACGGUGAGGAGAAGCGCUUCUUCCUCCUUUCUCUCCUGGCUAUCAAGGUUUCGUUCUGGCACGACCUCCUCUGGUGCGGCAAGACCCGCGUCUACCGCUUCUCCAACUGUGGUUGCCAGGCCGGCCCCGUUCUUCAGUACCACUGGCACGUUCGUUACCACCCGUCUCGCGGACGCGGCAUCUGCGACUGGCGCGGCUGCUGGUUCCGCGCUGGUUACCAGGUCUGCCCCUACGGCGGCUGCGGCUGGUAA